AGCCGCGCAUGCCCUCGUCUUUGUAAGAUUGAAGAGUUUAGCGAAGCAGCAGGAGCGGAGCGGCCGCAGGAGCUGUUCGUUCAUGCUCAAACCAACACUUUAAGACUCGGUCGCCGGUGCGCAGAGUGGCCACUUUGGAGGAGUGUCGCAAAGACGCUCGGACUCUUGACAGAAUAUUGGAUUCUCAGAAAGCAUCCACAAACUCACGGACACACUACCCACCAGUCACGAUCUCAACCAACCAAACGAAACCGCUUCGACAGCCGGUCGUCUUUUGCACCUGAAAUAGCGGCAAGAACCCCACCAUCUGUUCCUUGGACAUUUCCGUGCCUGUGUGUCGGAUUCACAUCGUUUCUUUCUACCGCUCCUUCUGCCGCCCCUAGAAGCGCGCUUGAGGUCAUUUGGUCCGCCUGUACACCCGCACCCGCGACACUUUCCAGCUGCGACGCACACGACUUGGACUUGCUGCUGCUUCUGCUCUUUGAAAAAUACCGUCAGUUUCUGCUGCAGCUGUCACCCGACGCCGCUGUCUUGCCUUGA